ACACCACAACACCACCACCAGUCGCAGACACCACAACACCACCACCAGUCGCAGACACCACAACACCACCACCAGUUGCAGACACCACAACACCGCCACCAGUUGCAGACACCACAACACCGCCACCAGUUGCAGACACCACAACACCGCCACCAGUUGCAGACACCACAACACCACCACCAGUUGCAGACACCACAACACCACCGGUCACAGACACUACAACACCACCACCAGUAGCAGACACCACAACACCACCAGUAGCAGACACUACAACACCAGAUAGUCCAACACAAACCCCAGAUAGUGAACCAUCUGAAAAUACCCCAACCUCUGAUAAAAAUACAAAAGCAGAUAUUUUUAGCAGUAAUCCUGUCAUUAACACUAAUACAGAUACUUUAACAGAUACAAAUAGCAUUUUCUACUAUAGCUUAAGCUCAACUAGCUCAACUAGGAUUAAUGUUGAUCCAAAUACCACUGAUUCUGAAACACCUAUAGAUAUACCAUCACCAAUGAUAAGUACAACAGAAGAAAGUGAAGUAGUUACAGAACCACCAACACCUAAAAAACCUACAACAUCCCAAUCCCAAAUAGGCUCAAGCCAAGAAAAAUCAACCAUAACACAAUUCAAAACUUACACCACCACAGAAACAUUAUAUUUCCCAGGGUACACCACUUAUACAUCUUCAACAGGGACAAAUGGACAAUUAACAACAUAUGCAACUUAUGUUCCACCAAGUACUGUUGUGGUGGUCAAGAAAGUUACUUUAGCAACUGUAGUAUUUCAAGAAACUAAUACUCCUUCAUCUGGACAUCUUGACCUGGAACUCUCAAUUUAUAAUUUAUACAAUAUUGCUACAUCAUUGUUUGUUAUUGCUUCAGAAAAUGUAUGGUUUUUCCAUACAUUUUCCGCAUAUUCUGUAUGGAAUAUACAAUUUAAUUUAGGAAAUUUAUAUAAUAAUAGAUUAGGAAAUAAUAAAGAUAUUAAAUUGGAAGGGUCUGAAGAAUUAAUUUUGAAAGGUGAUUUAAAUCUUGAUCAAUUUUUAAAAAAUGUGUUGUAUGAAUUUCAACAAAUUAAUCAAGACAAUGUUGAAGAUUGA